CUAAAAUGUUCGACUCUAUCUUUCGUUGCUGCUCAUCAAGGCAAGAGAUCAAGGGUUCAGGAUUAGAUGAAAGCCGCAUUAUAACUCUGCCUGAGAAAAAUAACUUUACCAAGGAAUUUCAAGAGACUGAAAAAUUGAUAAGGUUUAAAGAUGCUAAUAACAAGCCUAUCAAACUCUUCAGGCUAAUCGAAAGGAUUGAGAAUGUUUCACAUCAAGAAAGAAUCAGCGAAAUACGUCUAAAGGAGAUCCUGCAGGAUCUUUCAAAGACAAGGACAGAUUCAGGAGAGGUUAUCCCCACAUCUACCUCCAAUCUCUUGCGGUUCCUUAAGGAGAAAUAUUUUCUAAAGAAGAAAGAAACACAUAAAUAAGGGAAACAUACUAAAUUCUCAAAAGGUUAUCUUAUUCUUCAUUUUAAUAUCAAGAGAUACCGAUAUCAAAAAAAUUAAGACUCUUAUCAACCAGAUAAUCAAUGAAUAUGAAGAUGAUGACAAUGACCUUUCUGAUGAAAGUGAUCACCCUACUCCGAAAGGAGAGUACAUGUUCCAUUGCAAGGAUGAGAACAUGAGGAAUGUCUUAGCCACAUACUUUUCUGGUGCAAUUCUACCCUUUAUCGAGUAUCACCAAAUAGAUAUAGGAGAGGACCCUGAAUUUGGCAAGUUUAAAGCCUUUGCAACCAACAAUUGCAAAAUAUUCUAUGAUUUCACUAGGUUCAUGUUGAGAAAUUACAUAUUUAACGAGACAUCCAGGACCUCUAUGAUUUUGAAGAAAGAAAGGAUCAGCAAGAAGGAAUUUAUCACAAUUCUUGAAGAAGCCAAAGAUUUCAUCUUUCAAUCCAAAAUGGUUGUGAAGAAGUUUCGAGAGUUUGUCAAUGGACAUAAGAAAAGAGCCCUGAAGAAGGUAGCUCCUGAAGACCUCGUUGAGGAGAAGCUUGAUUCUGGCUUGAAGCCACAGAACUUUCGACAGUUACUCAAGAGGAAGCCUCUGGAAGAAGAAAAGCAAGCUAGGCUUGAUCAAGUUCUUUCCAAAAACAAGGAUAGAGAGAAUAAAACUCCUGUGAGUAAUAAUCAGAAUUUGAUGACUACAUCCAUUUUAAAGGGUAUAAAGAAUAUUCGGGUCUCUGAGCAUCCAUUCCCUGAAGACAGUUACGAGUCCUUUAUAUCAGACAAUGAAGAGCACCUAGGGCAAAUUGAGAAAUACGAAGAAGAAAAGCGUAUGUAUGACGAAGGUGGCAAAUCAAUCGUCCUGCACAAUGAUACAUCAAAUGUCGAAGGGAAGUCCGAUCUUUCAUCUGAUGACCAAGUUGACAAAGAUUAUUUCAAGAACCGAUAUGGAGAUCGAUUGCUUAAGAUCUUUGACCUCUAUUUUGAGAGAAUGAUGGAAGAUGGAGAAUACAUUUGUAGGCCAAAAACUUGCAAACUCCCUUUCCUUAAGUCAACCUUAAAUGAUUCAUAUGACCUAGAGGAAGGGAAUGGUGAGAAAAAGCCAAGGUUUAGCCACUCUUACAGGUACGCUUCAAACAGAGGAAGUCAAGAUUGCUCACAGGAGUUUGCAGAUGCUGAUGGUUUCCUUAAAGAAUGAGUAGAGAAAGUAAAAAUAACUGACAUUGGAAAGUUCUUCAAAGACACAGAAUACCCUAUCGGCCUUAUCAAUGCCUAUCUGAGGCUGCUUGAUGUGUAUAGUGAACUCAAAAUUGAUAGACUCGAGUAUAUGAAAAGCGAUAAAUUCUUCAGAAUAAAGGUGUUCGAGACUGACCUUUUUGACGAGUUUAAUCAUGAGACUAAAACAGGAAAUAUUUCCAAUGCUAUUGAUGAGGAACUGCAAGAUCUCAAUGAACAUAAAAUCCUAAUCAUACCUAUCCAUAGGAAUGACCAAUUCUUCAUAUUCGUAGUGGAUAUUUCAGGUGACGAAGAGGUUGAUGUGCAGUUAAACUAUAUUGAGAGCGCAAUCGAGACCAAUGAUGACGAUGAAAUGAGUGAGAUCAGUGGAAUAAUAAUAAAUUUGAUCGAAAGAGCAUUUACUACAAUAGGGGUAGAAUUUGACAAAGAUAAGAUAGCAGGUAGUAUCAAUCCAUGCCCAUCCCUCAGCCACAUGAUUCAAGAAGUUGAAGUGAAGAUCACUGAGUGUCAGAGCAACAUUGCUCUUUCAGAAUAUGAGAUCAAACAUAAGAUCAUUGACCGAAUUCUUGCCAUUAAAGGAAUCGAAUAGAUUUUAUAAGUUCAAUUCAUGCCUAAAA